GACACAAAGGACUGACUCACAGAAACCUCCGGUUUAAAGUAAAUAGGUUAGUUUUAAGGCUUGUUCUGAAAAUGGCUCGCAGAACUAGAUGUCAUUGCACAUCUCUGGAGUCUAUGCUUAUUGUUCUAUUUCUCCUGAUGACAUGUGUGACUGUUGGAAUCCUUGCCAUUUCCUUUGUCAAAGAUCAAUCAUCAUCAAAUGAAAAUUCAAAUAUGGGAAAAGAAACAAUUCCAGUAUCUUCAAGCCAAUAUAGGAUUGGUGUUGGUCGUGCUGACUGUACUGGGCCAAUAGCAGAUCUUCCCUUGAUGGGAUACGCUAAACCAGGCCAGAAUGCUGCAGGGCUCCACACCCGGCUGUACAGCAGAGCUUUUAUAGUUGCAGAUUCUGAUGAUUCCAAGAGAGUUGUAUUUGUCAGUGCUGACAUUGGGAUGGUAUCUCAGAAACUCAGGUUAAAGGUCAUGGAAACUCUAAAGACCAAAUAUGGGAACCUCUACAGACAAGACAAUGUUGUUCUGAGUGGUACUCAUACCCAUUCAGGUCCUGCAGGCUACUUCCAGUACACUCUCUUUAUUCUAACAGGCAAAGGCUACAUCAAACCAUCCAUUAAUGCUUUAGUUAAUGGUAUAGUGAAGAGCAUUGAUAUUGCCCACAAAAACAUGAAACCAGGAAGAAUAUUUAUCAACAAGGGAGCAGUGGAUGGGAGUAAUAUAAACAGAAGUCCCUUUUCCUAUAUGAACAAUCCAGAGGCAGAAAGAAAGAGGUAUAAAUCAGAUACAGACAAAAAACUAGUUCUACUGAAGAUGGUGGAUAUGGAUGGUCAUGGGCUCGGAGCUCUCAGCUGGUUUGCUGUCCACCCUGUCAGCAUGAACAACACUAACCUCCUGGUUAGUAGUGACAAUAUGGGACACGCAUCAUAUCUGUUCGAGCAGGAGAAGAACAUGGGCUCACUGCCAGGGCAGGGACCGUUUGUAGCAGCCUUCGCUUCCACCAACCUCGGUGAUGUAUCAUCUAAUACUCGGGGCCCUCACUGUGUAAACACGGGGGAAUCGUGUAAUAAUCCUGACAGUACCUGUCCUGUUGGAGGGGCUUCAAUGUGCAUGUCUUCAGGGCCUGGGAAAGACAUGUUUGAAAGCACUGCGAUUAUUGGGCAGAAUAUCUUCAAUAAAGCAAAGGAAUUGUCCAGAACAGCAACCAGGGAGAUAAAAGGUCCAAUCAACUUUGCACAUAAGUGGGUUAACAUGACAGAUGUUACCGUCCAAUUAAACUCAACACACACAGGUAGGACAUGCAAGCCUGCCCUUGGGCACAGUUUUGCUGCUGGUACAACAGAUGGAGUGGGAGCCUUUAACUUUACACAAGGAGCUGUGGAAGGAGACCCAUUUUGGGAUGCUAUUCGUGACAUGUUGUUAGGAAAACCGUCUAGUGAAAUCCAGGAAUGCCAACAUCCCAAACCAAUCCUUUUCAGCACUGGGGAAAUGACGAAACCCCUUCCUUGGCAUCCUGAAAUUGUGGAUGUACAAAUUCUUACCAUUGGGACAUUGGCAAUUGCAGCCGUUCCAGGAGAAUUCACUACUAUGUCAGGACGAAGACUAAGAGAAGCUGUCAAGAAUGAACUUGAAUCCACUGGGCUUUUGAAGGAGGUUGAUGUCGUUGUUGCAGGAUUGAGUAAUGCUUACACGCAUUAUAUUACUACGUAUGAAGAAUAUCAAAUUCAACGCUAUGAGGCAGCAUCAACAAUAUAUGGUCCUCACACUCUCUCAGCCUACAUACAGGAGUUUAGAAGUCUAGCUAAGGCCAUUGCAGAGAAUACUGUUGACCAGUUGCCUAAAGGUCCUGAACCACCCAAUUUUCCUGACAAGAAUCUGAUCUCAUUGCUGCCCAAUAAUCCUGUUGAUAAGAAACCAAUCAACACAACAUUUGGUGAUACGAUAGUGGAUGUACAAGGAACAUACAGACCGGGAGAUGUUGCAGAAGUGACAUUUGUGAGUGGAAAUCCCAGGAAUUCCGUUACUUAUAUGGCUGAUGGAACAUUUCUAACAGUAGAAAAAUACAACAGUACUACUGGCAACUGGAAUACAAUGUUCAAUGAUGCUUCUUGGGAGACAAGGCUUUUAUGGAAUAAAGCUCCCAAAGGUUAUAGCAAUGUCACAGCUGUCUGGUAUAUUCCGCUCUCUGUAGAGCAUGGGACCUACAAAAUAUGCCACUUUGGCCAUUUUAAAACUUUACAGAAUCUGAAACCAGUCUUCAACCCUUAUGAAGGCUCUUCAUCUCCAUUUGAUGUCAAAAGUUAAAGAUCAACAUUUGUUUCAUGACAAUUUAACCAUUGAUUAUUCCUGUUUUCUAUGGAGGAUGAAUGAAGAUUACAAACCUUGUGCAUUGUAUUCAUGAUCCAGUUGAAUAAUUUAAUAAUGGAUUCAUUAUAUUUACAGUGAACUCCUGAUAAGACCCUGCCUUAUGCCAUCACAUGGUUUAUAUCCUCAUGCUGUCAAUAUCCUAGUCACUUCUGAUGCAAAAUUAAUAUGACACCCCUCUUUAUUUCAUCGUUUCGCCCACAAAACAUACAGUCAAUUCAGUAAAGCUCUUUGAGACGUCUCGAAGACAUGAUAUGGUGCUAUAUCAAAUGCAAGGAUUGUUAUUAUCAUCACUGGCUUAUUAUAACAUAUAAAGUCACAUUCUAUACAUACCCAGUAAGUAAAAUAUCAGAUCUCUUGUUGGAACAAACCUACCUGUCCCGCUCAGCUAGCCUGUCAGCCAACUCUCUUGCUGAGUGGCCUGGUAGCGUGGGAAAACAUCACCCUUGCUCUGAGUCAGCCAUGAGGGAGCUGUUUCGUGGCAAGUUCUCUGCAAGUGGAAAUUUUAGAUCUUGCCUUGUAUGUGGUCCUGCUUGAUUGUUAUCAGUAAUUCAGGUUGUUAAAAUGAGCAAAAUGAACAAAAUGUUUUUUGUACACAAGUAGGCCUAUACUUAUUCUGUACGUAACUCAAAUGAGUUUUAACCCAAAAACCGACAUUUGUGGGGCAGGGGCCCCUCUGCUCAUUCUACACAGGCGCAGUGUGUGUUGGUAUAGGUCGUCCCGGCCACAUCGACCCCUGUUGGCCCCGGAGGACUCAUUUUUAUAUAGUUGCCCAAAUUUAGAAUGACAGCUCUUUUCUCUUGGAGUGACGAUAGAUCAGGAGUUUACUGUUCAUUGAAUCAAGGGUGUGGAGAGAAAUCUAUUUCUAGAAUAAGAAUUUGAUCUGAAUAUAAUAUGCUUAUAUAACGUCUUUCAAAUCAGGAGGAUACCUCAAAGCAUUUGACAAUGCUGGCUGGGCACUAAGAUGUUGGUUUUGGUUAUGCGAUCAAUUAUUUUAACAUGUAUUAUGUUGGUUUUCACAUUAAGAAAAAGGAUGAUUCAUUAAAUGUAAUGCUUGUAUCAUGUAGGUGUUUUAAUGAAAUUUGUUUCACUGGGCAACCACUCUAGUCCAUCAAUUCACAAAUUAAUACAAUUAAAACAUUUCAAACACUUUAAAUAAUAGCUUAAAUAAAGUUCAUGAAACACUUUA